AUGUUGGGUACAGUUCCAGCUCAAUUCAGGGAACUCGUACGAGAGGAGGCAAGGAAUAGCCAACAUCAAGAGAGAAAAAGAAGAAGGAGAAAUAACCGUAAACAGGCACGGAAGGAAAAACACAAAGUUUCGACUAAUACGGAGGUUUCUGAAUCCGAUGAGAGGCAAAAAGAAGGUCAAGAGGUGAUUAUCCUGGAUGAUGAGCUUGCUCAGCAGUUGAUAGACCAAGAAAAAAGCAAAAGUAGAAUUGAAAACGAAGAAGAAGAGGAAGAAGAUAUUGACGAUGAGCAAUUCGAAGAAAUUGACUUAAAUUUUCAAGAUUUUGGUGACGAGGUUGACCCGGCUGAAGAGAUGGUUUUAACUUACGAUAAGGAACCCCAGGAAUCUAAAAGCAAAAAGGGUAAAACAAGAAGGGUGAACAUGGUUUCUGCAGAAGAGCGGAAGUUCCGGAGGGACUUUCAUCUGCUGUACCUCAUAGUGAUGGCAUGUUAUGGUAGAUUGAGAAAUGCUUGGUGCAAUGACACUUCAUUACAAAGAUUCCUGAGGCUCUCCCUUCCCCAGAAGUUGACUGAUGAAUACAAAAUAGUGAAGCAGAAUUGGUCGGACUCAAAGGUUACUGUGUCACUGAAAACUAGGAAAUUUCUAGACUUUCUCAGACACUUAAUGUGGUAUUGGAAUAGCUCAUACAGAAUAACUAACAGUUUCAUGUACCAAAAAAGAAACUGGGGUGAGCUAAGUAAAGAAUUUUCGCAUGAAGAAGUCAGCAGAGAAAAGUUUAAGUACUUGAUUAGAAGUCACAUGGGAUCAAGCGAGAUUUGUUUGGAAGGUUUCGUAAUGCUUUUGCGAUCUUUGGGGCUAUAUACUAGGUUGGUCAUUUCUUUGCAGCCACCUGAUUUUACCAAUGUUGCUGCAGUAGAUUUUUCAGUAUCUGAAGAGAAAAAAUCCUCUUCGCCUUCAGUACCAAAAACUAAAAAGGUAACUAAAGAUGAUUACCUAUCUCUAGUCCGAAGUGGGAAACCUCGCUCACAAUCGAAGUCACCAGGUCCAAUAAACCAAGAGGCCCCAGAAUAUCCCGUAAUGUGGGCUGAAGUAUGGGACAAGUAUUCUCAAAAAUGGAUAUCCAUUGACCCAGUAGUUCAGAAAACAAUAGACAUAGUCGGAAGAAAAUCUAAAUUUGAACCACCCUUAAACAAUAAAAAGAACAAUUGCUUUUAUGUGAUUGGAUAUGAUCAAAGAAAUGCUGUUCGUGAUAUCACCAGACGGUACGCUUCUAACUUGAAUUCUAAAGUGCGAAGAAAACGUGUAACUAGAGACCCACGCUAUGCCUUAUGGUGGGAAAGAGUUUUGCGGGAGUUGAAUACUCCAAGAACGCGCCAUGCUAGCAAGAUCGACGCACUAGAACGAGUUGAAUUUGAAGAGCGUGACCUGAGAGAAGGCAUGCCUGAUAGCUUUGAAGAUUUUAGAAACCAUCCGGUUUACUGUCUUGAGUCGCAGCUAAAACAGAACGAAAUCUUGUACCCAAAACAAAGUUGUGGAACUGUCCGAAAGAAAAGUAGUAACGAAGUAACUCCAGUCUAUAAGCGACUGAACGUGCAUACUGUAAGAUCUCCCAAAGCUUGGUACCUUAAAGGUCGAAUGAUAAAGUUGGGGGAGAGAUGCUUGGCUACAAAAGAUGCGCCGAAAACUGCUGAUGAUGACGAGGAUGAGACUCGUCUAUAUGCAGAGUUUCAAACGGAAUUAUACAUUCCUCCUCCUAUCGAGAAUGGUAUUGUCCCAAAAAAUGCAUAUGGUAACAUAGACGUUUAUGUUAAGACCAUGCUACCCAAAAAUGGAGCUCACAUAACUGGUAAACGGGCUAUCAAAGCAGCUAAACUUUUGGGCAUUGACUUUGCUCCUGCUGUUGUAGGGUUUGACUUUGGGGGCAACAACAAAGGAGUGGCCAAUGCUCGUAUUGAUGGUAUAGUCGUUGCCAAAGAGUUCGAAGAGGCAAUGAGUUUAACAUGUCAGUGCUUACAGGAAAUGCAUGAAGAGGAAGAACUUAUGCGAAAGAAUAUUAGACUUUUAAAGUGUUGGAAGAUCUUUUUAACCAAGCUGCGCAUAAAAGACCGUUUGAAUAAGACACAUGGAAAAUUAGAGGAAACUGAUGAAACUUAUGAACAGGGAGGAUUUGUCGCCAGUGAUCGUGUUUUUGAUACUGACAAACAAGACUCCAAGUCCACGCAGGAUUGGGAUAAUUAUUCGGAUAGUAGUAGUAAUUAUGUUCCCUCAGAAUCAUCAGGAAACGAAACGGAUUAUGGUAUAGGUGGUUUUAUUCCCUCCGAUGACGUUAGUGAUCUUGGCAAUGUUAAUGAACGUGAAACAAAGCUAGGUGGUUCCACCAGUUACGAAAAUGAAUUUGAUGAAAGCGGACAUAGUGAGGUUGCACAAGCGGGACUCACACCCAGGAGCGGUAGUGAACUUGUAGACAAGAACCAAGACUCACUCGAAGGAGGAUUUGUAAAAGAGGAUCAACAGUCUGCCGAAGAGGGAGGAUUUUUGUUGGAAGAUGCAGAAUCAGGAGGAUUUUUGCCAGAGGAUGCUGAGCUUGAUAAAGCAAUAUCUGAAGAAAUCAAGAAGGCUAAAUUCCCAGUAGAGACUGAUACAUUGUCUGGCCAGUUUGUAGGAGAUGAGGAAAUCAUUAAGCAAGGUGAAUUUUCUGGUGAACAAGAUUUUGAUAUAGGCCACUUUCAGAAUCUAAGAGAUGAGGAGAGGCAGGGCCCUCAAACGCAUACAUCGGAAGAGUUGUCAAACGAUGAAAUCAUGCGCUCAGAGGGAAGGUGUGGUGGAAGUUCGGUUUCAUAUGCUACUGAGGUUGCAGAAAGUCGAGAUGGUGAUGGAAAUCAGGAAACAAACUUGACUGAAGAGGCCAUGGUAACCAAUAUCGCCAAAUUUCAAGAAGAACAACAACAGAAGCCAGUUGAAAACAACAGCACUCCUAUUGUGAUUGACAGUGCAGACGAACCAGAAAUUGCUACAGGUCAGCACCUUGAUGAGUUUGACUUUGAGUACAGUGAUUCCGAGUAG